AUGAAGGCCAACACUGUCGUCCCUCUUCUCAGCCUUUCGGGUGCUGCCCUUGGCGCUGCUGUCGCCCCCCGUAGCACCUCCGAGCCCUGGGGCUACAAGUCCGGCUCCAAGGAGUCCAUUGCCAACCUGAAGGACAAGAUUGAGAAUGUUGUUUGGAUCUUGCUGGAGAACCGCGGAUUCGACAACAUCCUCGGUGGUGUUCACAAGGAUGGCCUGGACAACGUUGUCAACAAUGGUCCUUUCUGGAACCCCCAGCUGGUCAAUGAGACCAACAGCAAGAAGUGGUACAGCCAGUACAAGGACUACGACUCCGUUAUCCACGACCCUGACCACUCCUUGACUGGUGUUAACUUCGAGAUGUACGGCACCUACACUCCCGACAAUGAGGCCAUUGCCAACGGCACCUUGAAGCCUAGCCUGAAGGGCUUCGUCGAGCGCCAGAUGGGUUAUUACCCGGCCAUCUCCGCUUUGCGUGCCACCGAGGAGGUCAUGGGUUACUACUCUGAGGACGAGAUCCCCACUCUUGUGGAUCUUGUUGAUGAGUUUACCACCUUCAACUACUGGCACUCGUGUGUGCCCGGUCCCACCAACCCCAACCGUCUCUGUGCCGUCUCCGGUACCGCCGACGGUCACGGUGAGAACGAUGAGAGCUUCCUUGUCUCUGGUGUUGAUACCAGCAGCAUCUUCGAGGUCGCCACCGAGAAGGGUAUCUCGUGGCGCAACUACGACGGCACCAACGGCGCCUUCCUGCCCGAUUCCCUGUUCUUCAACUGGACUGCCCAGAAUGCUGAGAGCAACGUCAAGCCCCUGGAGAACUUCUACCAGGAUGCCUACCUGGGCCUGCUCCCCCAGCUUUCUUACGUCAACCCCUCCUGUUGUGGCGCCAACACCAACUCCAUGCACCCCUCCGGCAACGUCUCGUUCGGUCAGGUCCUCGUGAAGCAGGUCUACGAUGCCGUCCGCGCCGGUCCCCAGUGGGACAAGACUCUCAUCCUGCUCACCUUCGAUGAGACGGGUGGAUUCUUCGACCACAUUGCUCCCCCUCUUGCCGUCCGCCCCGACAACAAGACUUACACCGAGACUGCCAAUAACGGCGAGAGCUACACUUUCAACUUCGACCGUCUUGGUGGACGUAUGCCCACCUGGUUGAUCUCUCCCUACGCCCCCAAGGGCCACGUUGAGAACUACGGUACCAACCCCGUUACCGGCAAGUCCGAGUCUUACAGUGCUACCUCCGUCCUGAAGACCCUCGGAUACCUGUGGGAUCUGGAGGACUUCACUCCUCGUGUCGCCCAAUCGCCUGCCUUUGACCACCUGAUUGGUCCUAAGGCUCGUUCCUCUGCUCCCUCCACUCUGACCAACCCCCACACCUUUGCCCAGGCUGUCUAA